AUGGGGAGUCCUGCGCCCUGUGUGCUGGAUGGAAUAAUACUAAAAAAUAUUUUCUUUCCUACAGAAAAUGCAAAGGACAUUCUCGUGAUUUAUGAAGAAGAGGCAGAAGAAUGGGCUCUGUAUUUAAAAUCUCUUUUCAAACACGUAGUAAAGGAAGAAGGAAUCUUACUUUACAAUUUAGAAGUUUCAUCUCUUGAACGUACUGAAUUGUGCUGUUUAUCCUGUUAUAAAUGCAAACUGCUGAUAUUAUCCAAUGGACUUCUAAAAUGUCUCAAUCAGACAAGAAGCCAUUUCCUGGACCAGGUUCUUGAACCACCAGAUAAGGUUGUGAUUCUCCUUUGUGGGGUGCACAAUUCAGACAUUCUCUAUGAAAUACUGACCUUAGACCAAAGUACCUGGGAGAUCUCUACUGAUCAAGAUCCUGAGGAAUACCUCUCCAUUGUGACCAGUAUUAUUCAACAAGGUGAACCACAGAAUGAAGAAUUAGAAGGAUCGCUGUCUUAUACCUAUGCAGAAGUUCUUGCAAACGAUUAUCAAGAUAAUUCUUAUAGUAACACUUUGGAUGUAAUAGCAUUAGGACAAAAAAAUGUGAAUUUGGAAACUGAUGUGGCUUCUGAAACAGUGGAAAUUAACAGACCAUCAGUACUGGUGUUACCAACAAGAAUACCAUGUGAGAACCCUGGUGAAAUAUUCAUUCUAUUGAGAGAUGAAAUAGCUGAUGAGACUGUAGAAAUUGAAUUCAUAACAGACAACAAACGAAUCAGAAUACAGCCAGACCAAUGGAAUGCGAAGGUCAGGUACAUGAAAGCUCUAGAUUUUCCUGCUGGCCUUGUAAAUGUAAAUGUCUACUGUGAGGGAGUCAUUAAGGCUGUGAUGCAGAUUGAAUACUACACAGUAAUAGGGGAGAUUGAAUGCAUACUUAAGAAAGUGGCUGACCCGAUAGCUUUUGCUUGUCAGGCUUUCAAGUUUUCUUCCGUAGAAAAGCUUGACAAUAUUCUGACCUUCCUAUUGAAAAGCGAGGUGUCUGCUUAUGAAUGCAAUGUUUUUCAGAGUGAAGAUAUGCACCAUGAACAAGCUAAUUUAAACUUGGAAGAGCUUCCUACUCUUCUCCACUGUGCAGCUAAAUUUGGAUUAAAGAACCUUACUAGUUUUCUGCUUCAGUGCCCCAAGGCAACUGAGGUUUGCAGAACAACCAACAAAUAUGGAGAAAACCCAGCAUGUAUUGCUGGAAAGCAUGGUCACAGUGAACUUCAGAAACUCAUCCAAGAAUUGUCAAUUAACGCAACAGAUGGUGAUCAAGAAGAAGAGGCAGAGGAAGAUGACACUUAUGUGGUCAUGCUCCGUUCAGAUUCUCCACUUACCUCUUCAUUAACAGCUAGGAAGCACCCAGAAGAUCAGCAUGAAAUUGGUCUGAAACAUUGGGAAGAAGCUGAUGAGAAGGCGGAAGACAGCGAGAGAGGUCAAGAAAACUUAAGAGAAGAGAAAGAGAGAGAUCCUGAAGAAAACAAACUAGAGGAAGCAACAUGCAAGUUUGAUAACAUCACUGACAAUUUAUAUGCCAGCAUACAUGAUGAUGAUGAUGAUGUUGUUGAUGAUGAUGAUGGUGAACAUGAAGUGGGCAGAAGAGACUCCUUUCUCUUUGACAGGCCACCUCUACCUCCUCGAGAGCCUGCUGCUACUCAAAUAUAUACUGAUCUUCACUCCUUUAUACCAGUCAGGAAAUUGGUGGAAGACAGAAAGGAAAGGGAACAUACCAGUGGACACCUAGAAGCAUACCAUGGAGAAGAACAAGAUAUAGCUGAGGAAGCACAGGGGGAAGAGGAUGAGGAGGAUCCAUACACUUUCGCCACAUUGGAGGAUGGUGUGUACGACAUGAUACUGGCUGCUUCUGAUGAGGAGAGAAGAAAGGAACGCAGAUCAUUUAUCAUGAACAGGCCACCAGCACCUGCCCCGCGUCCCUUGUUUUCCCCAAUCAAAGAAGAGAACACUCCAUACAUAGUACAAGAUGGAUCAAAAAUAGAACAAAUUCUUAUUUGUGAGAUAAAUCUGUUAGUGAUCUCCACUGACAAUAUAAACCUAGUGGAACCAACUAUAGUAAG